AUGAGUCCCCUAAAGGACUUCGAGGCGGCACUGAAGGAUGUCGUUCAGGCGAAACGCCUGUCCGAAUCGAAGAUGAAUAGGAUGACCGAAGCUGCUCUGAAAUGUAUGGAGGAUGACACGCAAUUGGUCUCGAUACUAUAUCGACGACAUAAAUCCCUACCAGUCGACAAGAAAAUCCAUGGAUUAUAUGCAUUUAACGCGCUUGCGUGUGCGGCCAGACACAAAGUGAACAAGCAUGGCAUUACUGGCGACAUCAAUGCGGAGAAAGGGAAUUGCGCCACCUUCUUGCUGAAGCUCGAUGGCGUACUCGACGGUUUAUUCAAAGAUAUGCUGGCUACCGGCAACUCUGAAUGCAAGGAAAAGACCAAGAAGGUGCUUGACAUAUGGGUCAAGUCGAAUACCUUUCCGUCCGCUGUGUUGACACGAUUAUCGGAUAUAUUGAAGGGAUCUGCUAAAGAGUCGAACGUGAAUGCGCCACCCGUGACCGAAACGAAAUCGACACCGGUACCGACACCGACGCUACCUGUCACUACCACGCCACCAGUCGCGCCUCCGAUCUCUCCUGCCGCAGACGCGCAAUCAACUCUCCUGGCCCUGCUCAGUCAAGCCGCGACGGCUUUAGGACAAACACCGACAAACACGCCGGCAGUGGGUGGACCUCAGCUGGAUGCCAAUCAGCUAGCCUUGCUGCAACAGCUCAAGCAAAGCGUGGCCGCUCCCGCUGUGCCAGGGCCUAGCUCAGCCACCCCCACGCCACCACCUGUAGUGCUUCCUCCUCAUGUUGCAGUGCCAGGGCCUCCAUCGGCCUACGCAAACGCGCAGCCUCCCCCUCCCUUUACGAAUGAUCGCUAUGGUCCUGGACCGAGAGAUCCCCGUUACGGUAGAUACGACGGUGGUGGCUUCAACAGGCGCCGGGAAGAACAAUACGAUGAACGUCGGGACUUCCGGAGUGGACCCCGUGACAACUUCCGUGGCCGCGGCCGGGGGCGAUGGGAUGACCGCGAUCCGCGUGGGCAUUUCAAUGAUAGAGAUGGGGACCGAGGUCCACCACGACGAGAACGCCUUAGCCGUUCGAGGAGUCCUCCGCGCGUUAGAUACGGUGCUGGGGGUAGACGUGAUGUGCCGUCGUACAGUCCGCCGCCCCGGACGGGGACGCCCACUGGUGUGGCCGCCAACACGCCUGGUAAAGACGAAUUUGGUCGUGAUAUCAGGCCGGAAUCGCCUACGCAGGAUGUAAUGCAGUCAGGAUCAUCAGCUAAAGAGCAGAUGCCAGUACGAUCGCCGUCCGUCCCCACAUCCAUAACGUCAGCAUCAGACGCCGACGCAAUGCCCGCGGGACCAGCGACGGUCCCCGGUGCAGCUGCUCCAAAUGAUCUUCCACAAGUCGCACCUGCAACGCAAAACAUUGGGCUAGCGGCAUUCGAUUUCACGACGUUCGACCCUACGGCCCCUGCAUCGUGGGAAGCGCUCGGAACGGCGUGGCAAAUCACGAACGGGUACGCGCCGUCACAGGAGGAACUGAUGCAGUUCAUUAUGGGGGGUUUCAUGGGGGCAGCGGCUCCUGUACCUAGUGCAACCGUCAGCGUGCAGCAGCAGCCAUGGCCCAACAGCGGCAAUAGUACGAGAGGCGGAGGGUCCGAGCGAGGCAAUUGGCGGGGUGGCGACAGAGGAAGGGGGUUUUCAGGUCGCGGGCGCGGCAACGGCCGAGAGGCAUACAGCUCAUAUGACUAUGGAGGAAACCAAGUCUCCGAUGCCAUAGUCCUCAACGCAGCGCCGCUGGAAGACCAACAAUCGGUCAGUAGCGAUAUGGCUGAACCAAGCGGCAGCUCGGGAGGCCGCAUGCAAAAGGUCGGGGAUAAAUGGGUCUUCGUACGAGGUACCGACAAAGCACCGGCACCCUAG